AAGAUUAUGCAAAUUCAAAAAUUUCUUCUGGAACAAAAAAGUAUGUCCUCAAAUAGUUCCAUAUCUUCUAUAUGCCACCAGUGACUUAGACACACUAGUACAUGAAUGAGAUGUAUGAUGUGGAACUCAUGCAAUGGAUGACUAGCACUAGAAAUUUCCUAGAUGGUGAGCAGACACAAUGUAAGAGACCUAUGAUUCAAGCUCUGAAGGUUCAGUACUCCUACACAGAGUAUUAUUAGUCUAACCAGGAAAUUAGAGAUUAACUUCUGGCUCAUUCUCUCUGACACAAGCAUCACAUAUUUUAUUCUUCCUUUAUUUCAGGCCUAGUUGUGCUAAUCCAUGUUAAAGCUUUACCAAGUCAAACACCGAAUCACAUAGCUUCACCUAAUUCUCAUUAGUUUUGGCUCCUCUUGCACUUGCUAAUUCAGCAAACAACAUUUUACAGUUUAAGGAUAAAUCACUAAACUGAAGUGUCAUUUAAUUUCCAGGGUUUCUAAGAUCGACAACAAUCAUCUUCUUAUGACAGUUUAGUCUAAAUGAUUUGACUAGUUUGAGAGCUGCAACACACGCUAGCUCACACACAAUGAAAACUAUACUGCUGAUGAGAAGCUUUUAUCCCAAUAAUCUCCCUCUAAAAUUUUCUUUAGCAAUAAUGAGUCUGAUAUGACUUUGUUAUGCAUGUUUAAAAAAAUAUAUAUAUUGCUAUGUGAUUUGACUAGUUUGAGAGCUGCAACACACACCAGCUCACACACAAUGAAAAUUAUAUUGCUGAUGAGAAGCUUUUAUCCCAACACACACCUCCCAGCCAAAUUUGUGCAAGAUGAAAAAUAAUAAGAAAAAGCUUUCUCCUUGCUCCAAAACAACCAUUUCAGGGAAUGGGGGGAAAAAAACCCCAAUAACUAGUAACUAUGCUCCUGCCAUGGCGCACAUGGCCGUCCCAUUCCCUUUUGCCUCUUACGGCUACUUACACAAGCCAGCAGCUUUUCAUUGCCUUUAAUCCAAAAAUAACCCUUCUUUCGUCACUCCCUUUUACUCCUCCUCCUCCUCCUCCUUCUUCUUCACAACUCACAAGAAACAACAACCCACAGGUCAGAGAAGAAUCACAACACACCAGCUACAGAGCUCUGUAAUUCAUCACCAUGAGCUCCUCCAGCCGCGACGACGACGACCACUACGCAGAUCUCCAUCGUCACGACGGCCACACGAGCAGCGUAUCGCCCCGCUUCUUCAAGGUCAUCGUUCACGACACCCUCCGCGACAAAAAGCUGAUGCUGCCAAAGAAGUUCACUUCGAUACUGAAGCAGGAGACGGGCCGCGACCCGCCCAAGCAAGCGACGCUCGGCCUCCCCAACGGCACGGCGUGGGAUAUGGAGGUUGUUGUUGCGGUCGACGACGGCGGCGGAGUUUGGCUGCGGAAUGGGUUCGCGAGUUUCGCGGAGUACUGCUCUCUGGAGCACGGAUGUCUCCUGCUUUUCAAGCACCGCGGGGAGUUUCAGUUCUCCGUGAGGGUUUACGGAAACACGGCCGUGGAGAUCCGGUAUCCUUCCGAUUCGACGGCUGCUUCCCGCAGUUCUGGCGGUGACGGAAAGGAUGAGGAGGAUUUGUUUUCCGACCUGCCGGAGGAGGAUGUUAGUAGCAGUUUUGAGGACGGUGGUCCCGGUGGUGAUGAUGACGAGGAGGAUGAGGACGAGGACAGUGAUUACGACUGCUCUGAGGAGAGCUCUCACGGGGAUGAUGAGUUCGAGGGCACGAGCUGGAGCAACUCAACCGGAAGAAAGAAGAAGAACAACAACAAGAAGAAGAAGCAAACUGCAGCAGCAGCUUCGUCUUCACAACGGCACCGCGGCGAGCCCUCUUCGUAUCCGGGCCGCGGCAGGCCACCAUCCUCCAACAGCGGCUCGAUCGGCGUGCCUCCGUCGUUCACCGCCACCAUGACCGAGACUUACAUCAGCCUCCGCCAGGCGUACAUACCGCGGGAGUUUUCGGAGAGGUACAUGAAGGAGAGCGAGCGCGUGGGGCUGAAGGUCGGGGAGAAAGUGUGGGAGAUGAAGCUGACGAAGCUCGGCGGUGAGGAGCGGAAGCGGAAGAACACCAGGAUCACGGGCGGAUGGACCAGUUUCGCCAGGGACAAUAACCUCAGGAUCGGUGACGUCUGCUUCUUCCAGCUCUUUGACUCUGCCGGCCAUAGUCGGACUCCUCUUGCUCGGCAUCACUACUGUCGCCGUCCGUUGCUGCACGUCACCAUCCUGAGGAACCCCGGCCACCAGGGCGGCCGCCACCACCACGUCUUCUGAUCCAAUCUGAGCCAUCGCUUCAGGUGUUGGUUGGUUUGUUGGGUCUCGAUGGGGAUGGAAGCUAUAGCUAGUAAUCAUUAAUCAGUGUUCAGUGUUGUUAGUCUUGUGUUUGUUAUCAACUAUUGGUGUUGUUGCUUGUGAUUUGUGAAUGUAGGAUUGUCUCCUAGAUGUGUCGUUUCUAUUACCUAACUUUUCGAAAGAUUGAAAUGUUCUAAAUUAUAAGAGUUCGUGUGAUUUGUGUUCCUAAAUUAACUUUGUGUUGACUGAUAGAGUUGAUAUUCAACCACGUCGGCCACCACCAAUAGCGAAGCCAACAAUCCGAAUGAUGGGGCUGACUUGAAUUGUUGUAAUUGAGAGAGGAGGGCUAAAGCCUUACACAUUAUUAUAAUUCCUAUAUUUGUGCAAAUUUUACAUGUAAUUUAAUUUAUAUUUCAAAAUUGAAGUGGGGCUAGAGCCUCUCCUAACUUCAACCUAGUUCCACCACUGGCCAGUGACUACCCUUAGAUCCUUCGUCCACCUUUAAUCCAUCUUGACUAGGGGUGGGCAUCGAUCUGGUCCGAUCCAGACAGACCAAACUCAGGAGAACCGCGGUCCAAUAGUGAAAAAUAUCUUAGGACCAAGGACUGGACCAAUGAUGCAUUCGGUCGGUUUGGUCCGGUUCAAAUGUUAAUUCGGUCUAUUUUUCUUCAGUAUCUAUAAAAUUCAUGGGACCAAGGACUGGAUAUAUUAUAUUCGAUUUGGUCUGAUCCAGUCGAAGCAUCGAUUCGAUUCGAUGUGAUCCGGUUUGUACCUAGGGGUGGGCAACGGGUACCCAUUCCCGUUUGGAGAGUAAAUUCCAUCCCAUGUCCCAAACCCAUACGGGUUUACGAGUACCCGUUACCUGUACGGGACGGAUAACGGGUACCUAGAAUGACAGAGUUCCUACAAACACUUACAAACAACACCAAGUUUCUAUUAACCUUCAUCACAAUGGCAAAUCUGGAAUUCACAGACACCAUUCGGCUAAACCGGAGGGAGAGUUGUCGCAGUUCAAUUAUCAAAACAAAGAUAUUAAAAAAGCUAGCUUCGUUGAAGACCAAUUCGUAACAAAUUACCCCUACCAUUUUAGAUAAUUAUUAUCUCAACUAAUCAUGAAAAGGGAAAGAUAGAAACCUACUGUGGAAUUAAGUUUCUCGCCACUAACCUGAACUAAAGCCGCCACCAGCAGCAUGCCGAAUGGCAGAGGGCAGGGGAGAGAGCUGGGCUGAAUGGCUGGGCAUGGAGUUGGGCUCGGACCUCGGAUUGGGCUAGAGUUGGGGAAUGGGGUUGGGCUAUGGGCGGGUAGUACGGGUACCCGUAAUAACCAAACGGGUAUUAACGGGUAACCCGCGGGUACCCAUUGUAAAAUUUAUGAUCCCAAAUUCCAUCCCGUAAAAAAAAUUACAGGUAUUU